CUGCGCAUGCGUGCCGGGCGCCAUCUUCCCCGGCGUUUUCUGCUGCUCUGGGGGAACGUGUCAGCGGAGCUGAAUGGUCGGCGUGGAUUUAUCUAGCUCGGCUUAGAGACUAUCCCCAUAAGAAGUUAGACGUAGGCAAUUGCUCUAUCAGGGCCGGCUGGACCAGGCCAGGCCAGGCCAGAAUAAACUCAACAGUACAGAAUGGCAGAUAAACUCACCAGAAUUGCUAUUGUUAGCCAUGAUAAGUGCAAGCCUAAGAAAUGCCGUCAGGAGUGCAAGAAGAGUUGUCCAGUUGUUCGAAUGGGAAAGCUUUGUAUCGAAGUUACUGCCCAGAGUAAGAUAGCCUGGAUUUCAGAAACACUCUGCAUCGGUUGUGGUAUUUGCGUUAAGAAAUGUCCUUUUGGAGCUUUGUCAAUUGUUAAUCUGCCAAGCAAUUUAGCCAAAGAGACAACACAUAGAUACUGUGCAAAUUCCUUCAAGCUGCACAGAUUGCCUAUUCCUCGCCCUGGUGAAGUUUUAGGCUUGGUGGGAACUAAUGGUAUUGGAAAAUCUACAGCUCUGAAGAUUCUAGCAGGAAAGCAGAAGCCUAACUUGGGGAAAUAUGAUGAUCCUCCUGACUGGCAGGAAAUUUUGACUUACUUCCGAGGGUCUGAACUACAGAACUACUUUACAAAGAUCUUAGAGGAUGAUCUAAAAGCUAUAAUCAAGCCCCAGUAUGUGGACCAGAUCCCAAAGGCAGUUAAGGGCACUGUGGGUUCUAUUUUGGACAGAAAAGAUGAAACCAAAACACAGGAGAUAAUUUGUGAACAUCUGGAUCUGACUCACUUGAAAGAAAGGAAUGUUGAAGAUCUUUCUGGAGGAGAGCUCCAAAGAUUUGCAUGUGCAGUAGUGUGCAUUCAGAAAGCAGACAUUUUUAUGUUCGAUGAGCCCUCCAGUUACUUAGACGUUAAACAGCGUUUGAAGGCUGCCAUUACCAUUCGCUCCCUUAUAAAUCCAGAUAGAUAUAUCAUCGUUGUGGAGCACGAUUUGAGUGUACUAGACUACCUUUCUGACUUCAUUUGCUGUUUGUACGGUGUGCCAAGUGCAUAUGGUGUUGUUACUAUGCCUUUCAGUGUUCGAGAAGGUAUCAACAUAUUCUUGGACGGGUAUGUGCCAACUGAAAACUUGAGAUUCCGUGAUGCGUCACUGAUUUUCAAAGUGGCUGAAACAGCAAAUGAGGAAGAGGUGAAAAAAAUGUGCCGAUACCAUUAUCCAAGAAUGAGAAAAAAGAUGGGUGAAUUUGAAUUGGACAUUGGCAGUGGCGAGUUCACAGACUCUGAAAUCAUGGUAAUGUUGGGAGAAAAUGGUACAGGGAAGACGACAUUCAUCCGAAUGUUGGCUGGAAGAUUGAAGCCUGAUGAAGGGGGUGCAGUCCCUGUACUAAAUGUCAGCUACAAGCCACAAAAGAUCAGCCCUAAGUCUCAAGGAACUGUUCGUCAACUGCUUCAUGAAAAGAUCAGAGAUGCCUACACUCAUCCACAAUUUGUAACUGAUGUAAUGAAACCACUGCAGAUUGAAAGCAUCAUUGAUCAGGAGGUUCAGAAUCUAUCUGGAGGUGAAUUGCAACGUGUGGCUCUGGCGCUUUGCUUGGGUAAGCCAGCUGAUGUCUAUCUGAUUGAUGAACCAUCAGCCUACCUGGAUUCUGAACAGCGUCUCAUGGCUGGAAGAGUAAUAAAACGUUUCAUUCUCCAUGCCAAGAAGACUGCCUUUGUUGUGGAACAUGACUUUAUAAUGGCCACCUAUUUGGCUGACCGUGUGAUUGUGUUUGAUGGAGUACCAUCUAAAAGUACAACUGCUAAUCCUCCACAGACACUGCUUGCGGGAAUGAAUAAAUUCUUGUCACAGCUGGAAAUCACAUUCCGAAGAGAUCCAAACAAUUAUAGACCAAGGAUUAAUAAAAUGAACUCUAUCAAGGAUGUGGAGCAGAAGAAGAGUGGAAAUUAUUUUUUCUUGGAUGACUGACCCACCAUAUGGCAAAUCCAAUUGUCAUAUUCAAGAAACAUUUGAAAUGAAAAUGAACAGUCUACAUCUCUCACUGCUCAAUCAACAUCAAGAGCAGUUCUUUCUAAUAAUUCUUAAAUUGUUCAUUUUCCCUUUUGAAACAUUUAUAGCUAAUUGAUAAUAUAAUUGUGGUUAUAUUACAUCUGCAUUUAUUUAUUCCUGGCUAUAAUGUGGAACACCAGUUUGAGGUGUACAAGGGGGAAAGAAGUGUCUCAGAGUAAAACAACCAUGUGCUAUAAAAGAUAACCAGAGGGGUUGUGGUGUCGUUAGAACAUUGAAACAUCAAUUAUUCUUUUACUUUUUACAUCAACCUCUUGGCAAUAAUUGAAUUUUGAGGAAUAAAUCUAUUUCAAAAUGUCCUGUAACAAUAUUAAAUCCUAUAAGAAUGAAGAUAAGUGUACUGUGUUUCCUGUUCUGAUUGACAAGUUAUGCAUUGCCAUACGUGGAAUAAGUUACAGAAUGGACAAAUCUACAGCUGCAAAGAAAGAUCUUAUGAUGUUUGUGUACAUUACAGGAAGGAAAGAAAUCUCCUCCUUAUGAUCUUUCCCUUGAUAUCCAAGCCUGCUUGAAUUAAUUAUGAUCCUCAUAGGCCUCUAUUUUUCCCUGUGAUCAGAAAAGUGGGUGAACAAAAAAGCACCUCAUUGUUGUGGAUUGGGAAAUCAGACAUAGUGGCUUCAAACCUAUAUUGCUUUGUUGCUUGGCAAUGCAGGUAUAUUUAUAACCAUAUAACAAUUAUAGCAUGGAAACAGGCCAUCUCGGCCCUUCUAGUCCGUGUCAAACUCUUACUCUCACCUAGUCCCACCAACCUGCACUCAGCCCAUAACCCUCCAUUCCUUUCAUGUCCAUAUAGCUAUCCAAUUUAACUUUAAAUGACAACAUCUAACCUGCCUCAACCACUUUACUGGAAGCUCAUUCCAGCUACCACUCCGAGUAAAGAAGUUCCCCCUCAUGUUACCCCUAAACUUUUGCCCUUUAACUCUCAACUCAUGUCCUCUUGUUUGAAUCUCCCCCCCCGUGGAAAAAGCCUAUCCACGUCAACUCUAUCUAUCCCCCUCAUAAUUUUAAAUACCUCUAUCGUCCCCCCUCAACCUACACUCUGAAGAAUAAAGACCCAACUUGUUUUACCU